AUGUUUCAGAUAAUCCGCCCGGAUCCCGCCUUAUGGCGCCCUAUCACAGACGAUGCAGAGUACAAAAAUACCAACAAACUCAGGGAGUACCAAGUAGAAGGUGUAAACUGGCUCACUUUCUGCUGGUACAACAAACGCAACUGCAUCCUGGCUGAUGAAAUGGGUCUGGGCAAGACUGUGCAAAGCAUAGCUUUCCUCAUGGAAGUCUUCUCUGCUGGUGUAAAAGGUCCCUUUUUGAUCAUUGUUCCGCUGUCUACUGUGGGCAAUUGGCAACGGGAAUUCGAAAAUUGGUCGGACCUAAAUGUCGUUGUCUAUCAUGGUAGCGGCAUCAGCCGACGCAUGAUCCAGGAAUAUGAAAUCUUCUAUCGCAAGAAGGGCUCUUCUCACGGCGGAAGCCAGUACCGGCACGAUGUUUACAAGUUCCACGCGCUCAUAACAACCUUCGAAAUCCUCAUGUCUGACAUUGAAUUUUUUGGAAAUAUACACUGGGCCGUGUCCAUAAUUGACGAGGCACAUCGAUUAAAAAACAAGAAGUGCAAGCUCGGUGAAGGCCUUCGCUACCUAGAAUUGGUGAGUCUUCGUCUCUUUUCAAAGAUCAUACUCAUGUUGAAGCAAGAUCAUCGUGUCCUGUUGACGGGUACACCCCUGCAGAAUAACGUUGAGGAACUCUUUGGUCUCUUAAACUUCCUGGAGCCCGAGCGCUUCUCCUGUGCAUCCACUUUCCUGGCAGAGUAUGGCGAGCUGAAAACUGAGGCUCAGGUGGAGGACCUCAAAAGUCUCCUGAAACCUAUGAUGCUGCGUAGGCUGAAAGAAGAUGUAGAAAAAAGUUUAGCACCAAAAGAGGAGACCAUAAUUGAGGUAAGUGAUACUUUCCUUUCUGUUGUACCAACAAAUGUCUGUAUGAAAUAUCGUACUUUGUUUUCCCUUCGCUGA